AGGAUGAGGCGGAGGAGGCGGAGGCCCAGGCCGGCAGCUCCCGUCUCUCGCCGGGGCCCCCUGGCGUAGCGGUUCCCGCUCCGACGCCGCGGCUGGAGGCGGAGGAGGCCGCGGCGGCGCCGCCCGCCCGCCGGAGCCAUGGCCCAGCCCGGCCCGAGCCCCCCGACGGACGUUGCUCUUCUACAGCGAGUAGCAGAAUUGGAAAAGGUCAAUGCAGAAUUUCUGCGCACAAAGCAGCAACUUGAGCAAGAAUUUAAUCAAAAGAGAGCAAAAUUUAAGGAGUUAUACUUGGCUAAGGAAGAGGACCUGAAAAGACAAAAUGCAGUGCUCCAAGCAGCCCAGGAUGAUCUGGGACAACUGCGGACCCAGCUGAUGGAAGCCCAUGCUGAAAUGGAGAACAUCAAAGCUAUAGCUACUGUAUCUGAGAAUACAAAGCAGGAAGCUAUCGAUGAGGUGAAGAGACAGUGGCAAGAAGAAGUAGCUUCACUACAAGCUAUUAUGAAAGAGACUGUUCGUGACUAUGAGCUCCAGUAUCAUCACAGGUUGGAGCAAGAGCGAGCUCAGUGGAAUCAAUAUCGAGAAAAUGUGGAACGUGAAAUAGCUGAGUUAAGAAGGCGAUUGUCUGAAGGUCAAGAGGAAGAAAACCUAGAAAAUGAAAUGAAAAAGGCCCAGGAAGAUGCUGAGAAGCUGCGUUCGGUUGUGAUGCCUAUGGAGAAAGAGAUUGCAGUGCUAAAGGAAAAAUUGACAGGAGCUGAAGAAAAAAUAAAAGAGUUAGAAGCAUCAAAGGUUAAAGAACUGAACCAUUAUUUGGAAGCUGAGAAGUCAUGUAGGACAGACUUAGAGAUGUAUGUGGCUGUUCUCAACACACAAAAAUCAGUCCUGCAAGAAGAUGCAGAGAAGUUGCGGAAAGAACUGCAUGAAGUCUGCCAUCUCUUAGAACAAGAGCGACAACAGCACAACCAGUUGAAACACACAUGGCAAAAAGCCAACGACCAGUUCUUGGAGUCUCAGCGUUUGCUGAUGAGGGACAUGCAACGUAUGGAAAUUGUUCUGACCUCUGAGCAGCUCCGACAAGUUGAAGAACUGAAAAAAAAGGAUCAGGAAGAAGAUGAUCAGCAAAGGCUUAGCAAGAGAAAGGAGCAGAAGCAAAAAGAUUCAGAUGAUGAAACGAAAGCUUCAUGUUCUCUAGCCCAUGAGGAAGCCCUUACCCAGCUCUCUAAUGAAGAGGAGCAUGUCAAUAGCACCCAUGGCUCAGUCCAUUCAUUGGAUGCAGACUUGCUUCUUUCUUCUGGCGAAUCUUUCAAUAAAUCAGAUAAUGAUAUGUUUAAAGAUGGACUACGGAGAGCACAGUCAACAGACAGUCUGGGGACAUCUGGAUCUUUACAGUCCAAAGCUUUAGGGUACAACAACAAAGCAAAAUCUGCUGGGAAUCUGGAUGAGUCAGAUUUUGGACCACUUGUUGGAGCAGAUUCAGUGUCUGAGAACUUUGAUACAGCUUCUGUCGGGUCUCUGCAAAUGCCAAGUGGGUUCAUGUUAACCAAAGAUCAGGAAAAAGCAAUCAAAGCAAUGACGCCAGAGCAAGAAGAGACUGCUUCACUUCUUUCCAGUGUUACACAAGGGGUAGAAAGUGCUUAUGUAUCUCCUAGUGGUUACCGCUUGGUUAGUGAGACUGAGUGGAACCUACUGCAGAAGGAGGUGCAGAAUGCAGGGAACAAGCUGGGUAGACGCUGUGAUAUGUGCUCAAAUUAUGAGAAGCAGUUGCAAGGUAUCCAGAUUCAGGAGGCUGAGACAAGAGACCAGGUGAAAAAGCUGCAGGUGAUGCUGAGGCAGGCUAAUGAUCAGCUGGAAAAGACAACAAAAGAUAAACAGGAAUUGGAGGAUUACAUGAAACAAAGUGCUGAAGACUCCUCUAAUCAGAUCUCUUUGCUUAUGGCUAAAUGUCAAAAGUCAGAGAACUUCCUCAGUGAACUGCAGCAGGCGUUUUCACAAGCAAAGAGGAGUGUCCAGGAGCAAAUGGCUGUCCUGACACAGUCAAGGGAGCAGGUUUCAGAAGAGUUGGUGAGACUGCAAAAAGAUAAUGAAAGUCUUCAAGGAAAACACAGCUUGCAUGUGUCUUUACAGCAAGCCGAAGAUUUCAUUCUACCAGAAGCAGCGGAGGAGCUCCGUGAGCUGAUUUUAAAAUAUCGUGAAGACAUAAUUAGUGUGCGGACAGCGGCGGAUCACCUUGAGGAGAAACUUAAGGCGGAGAUUUUAUUCUUAAAAGAACAGAUUCAAGCUGAACAAUAUUUGAAAGAAAAUAUAGAAGAAACUCUACAGCUGGAAAUAGAGAAUUGCAAAGAGGAAAUAGCUUCCAUUUCCAGUUUAAAAGCUGAACUGGAAAGAAUAAAAGUGGAAAAGGAACAGUUGGAAAGUUCUUCGCAGGAAAACCUGCAGCAGCUGGAGAGUCUGCAGGAAACAAAAAACACUCUAGAAGAACAGCUGAAGAAGGAGACCGCAGCAAAGGCAAACCUUGAACAGCUGGUAUUUGAAGAGAAGAAUAAAGCUCAGCGGUUGCAGACUGAAUUAGAUGUCAGUGAGCAAGUGCAGAGAGAUUUUGUAAAGCUUUCUCAGACACUUCAGGUGCAGCUGGAGCGGAUCCGGCAGGCAGAUUCCCUGGAGAGAAUCCGUGCAAUCCUGAAUGACACAAAACUGACGGACAUUAAUCAGCUUCCUGAAACAUGACACCCUGAUGAGCGGGCUCCAAGGCUGCAUUUGGGGUUUUUAACUCAUCUUUAUAGCAACAUUAAUUAUUAUUUAACUCUAACCGAAAGAGCAGAAGACAACAGAGGGGAGCAAUGACUAAGUUUUGUUUCUAGAGGGAAAAAGGUUUCGUACUGGGCAGGAAGAGAGCACAAGGGUGACUUGCAGUGUAGGAAGGAGAACUUUCUAAUGGAAACACUAAUGAGUGUGGUGUUUCGUGUUCCACUGAGUGGGAUCAGUCCUUACAUUCUGAAAAACUUCCCCUCUUUCAGCUGACUUCGUAACCUAAUAUAGAGUUUUGGAACAUUUACCCCCUGUCUUUCCCUCUUUCCUUUCCCCCCCACUACUGUGAUCAAAGUAGCUGCUGGAAACCAUAUUGUCCCUCCAAAACAUUGAAGAGCAAAGUGGUUGAAGUUUUUCUGUUUGAAUAGUCAGUAACAGUAUUCAGCUAGCAGAGAGAAUGAGGUGUAGAGUAUGCUGUAUGAAUAUUUUAUAUUAAAAUAUGACUUUAUUAGCAGGACACUGGAUAUUGAUCUUAUUUCAUAACUCAGUACUUUUUUUCUUUUUUUUUUUUAAACCAUUGACUUUGUGUUGAAGAAUCUGAAUGCUGCUGAAAUGUGGUGGACAUGAGCGAGCUGUGUGUCUCCUGAACAGAUAAAUGCUAAUCCAAAAAAAUGAAAAAUGUACUGAGAAUUUAGCUCCUUGAAAUUUUUCCGUUGAAUUCUGAUACUUAAAGAAAAGCACAAGAAAUGCACUGUUUUGUAAUCUCUUUUCACAAAUGUAAUUUAGAAUGUGGAACUACAACUGGUUCUUUCUCAUCUCUAAAGCUAAGCAGUACCUGUAAUCCCUUCUCUGUGUUUAAAAAAAAAAAAGUGCUAGUAAAAAUCCUAUGCAUUGUCAGAGUAUUGGCAUGGGGUUUAUGCAGGUCCGCUUUGCUCCAGUGGAUGACACCAGAUGUAAAGUUGCUAGCUUUCACUGGAAAGUGUCAAGGUAAGGUGCUGAAUAAAGCAGUCAGCUUGACCCACCUCUUCUGGGUCAGCUUAAUAGUAUGCAAAACAGUGAUUGCACUCUCAAUCACAGAGCACAAAUGCGAAAGAGCUGCAUUAUUCUGCUGGUUCAAGUUUGAAAGGUACAGUGCAUCUCUUACUUUAAAGUAUGGUAUCAUGGUAUUGCUCAGAGUUGACUCCUACACUGUCCCGUAUUUCUGUAACCAUACAUUUAAAUCAUACUGUGUAACAUGACAGCAGAGGCAAGGAAUUCUUGUGAUCAGUCAGGUGCUGGGUUUAGGUUUCUUGUUCUGUAAAUGUGUGGCAGUAAUAUGACCAUUCCUCCUCCUUUUUCUCCUUUUGCUGGAGUUUCAUGCACACAGUUGGAUAGUAACAGUUUCAUGUAUGGCUGCAGGUGUUGAUAAUAACUGGUGGUGCAAAUUGAGUUCUUGAACUGGCCCCUACUUAAACUCAAGUAAAAGAAGGGAGGCUGAAGGAGCAGAUCAGUACUGUCCAAAAUUUGUAGCUUAGACUUUCUUCCAUUGCUUAUUGUUUUUUCUUUACAAACUUGGCCAUAGAUCUGAAGGUGAUGAAGAAAACCAGAAGUGAUGGAAAAUGCUCCAGACUGUAAUGCACAUGACUAUUUUAAGUGCUUAAAUCCUAUUUUGAGCAGUGUAUAUCCUGCUACUAACAUAAAGUUAGAACCCAUGAUUUUGAAGAGGAAUGCCUUAAAAACAGCCAAAAAGAAGCAUACAAGCUCAGUUUCUUGUCACUCAUUGCAAGAAUUAAAGCAUUUUAUUCACCUUAGCAAUUAAUUCCUUUCGUAAUCGUGACACCCAAAAGCCAUUUUUCCUACCUUAGUAAUGACUAGACUACUAGAUGGCAGAGUUGUCAUCUUCUUAAGAUGAUGCUUAAUUUCACUUAAAAGUGAAAUUGAAAUGUGGCUUAGGUUCGUUAUUAAUUGGCUAUUACCAGAUUUGGGGGUUUUUAACCUUUCUCACUAUUUGCUGAACUGUGAGGUGACAGCAGCUGCAUCCUGAUGCAUAAAUCCAAUACCAGAUGUUUCACCUUCAGUUUUCCAAUGGUUAGGGUCCUAUUCUGUUGAGUAAACUUUGGAGAAAAAAAUAUAGGCCUUUAUUAGGAGCUGCAGAAGGAAAAGCUUUUUCCUGUGUUCCCUUCCUUCCCAAAAACCAACUUGUAACUGGCUACUGAUACCUAACCUGUGCAGCGGUGUUUAAGGAAGCCUAUUGUUGCAUGGCAAAACUACAAUAGAUCCUAUACAUCUCUUCAGCAAGCUGAACACUUGCAAAACUGCACCUGAAGACUUACGCAAAGAAUUUUUGAUUGAGUUUCUGCACUGUCCUCCUAGUGCGAGAGAGCAAGGAAAGCAGCUGUUAAUGGCCUUUCAGCAUCCCUUUCUGGUCCAUGUGUCAGUGCCCAUUCUCAACAGCCCUGCCUUCUGUCUGCUCUCAACACCUGCGGCAGUAGCUGACCAUUUUAGAUUGUUUCAAAUAGUACAGGGCUGGUGUGGCUUUUCCUUAGUGUAUUUUUUACAAAUUGUUGACAUGGCUUUCUAUAGGUGUUUCUAUAGGUUGUCAGAUUGCAGAUGAUGGCUGCAUGGUGUCUUUCUGCAGUCCAUAGGGGAAGACAGGUGAGUGGGCAAUCAGUUUGUGAUCUUUCAUAGACACAGUAACAAAUGUUAACAGUUGCCGAAUGGAGUUCUGCACGUGUGUGUGUGCGUGUUCGUAUGCAUGCUUGUGUAUUUUUUUUCAGUAGGCAGCGAUGGCAUGUUGGUCUAGUUAGAGGAGGCCGGAGGCACAUGUGGUAGGGCACGAAGGGGACUGAGAUGAGAACCCACCUGAAAGGGGUGGUGCUGACUACAGGCUUCCUUGCUUUUAAACCAGUUCCAGUGAAGGAACUUCCUUUCGGUUUGGAAAGGAAGGGCAUACAAUUGCUGUAUGGUUGUUUUUCCUUUCUACCACCUUAUUCCGUCAUGCACCUGAACACUUUUACUCCUGUUUAAGUACUAGCUGUGACCAUUUGAGAGUUGGAACACGAGUGCCCUUUUUCACCAACUGCUGGAACUUAAGAUCCUACCUUUUUAACAAUUUCUUAUUUUUAAAUGGAAAACCUGACUGUUCACAGCAGUGGUGGGAGAUGUGCUCGCUACAAACAGCUGUCCUGCUGACCCAGAGGGGCUGUCCCUCCAGGGGAAGGAAAGCACAGCUUCAGAAGCACUAACUCAAGCUUCUGCUGAAAUCAAACUUAAAGGGGCCUUUAAAAACAAAAUGGUGUGUGCCAAAUUUGCAGAGCAAAUUUUAAAAAACUGUAAAUUAAGUGUAGUAAAAGCUCUUGGUGUAGAUUACUCACUAGCUGGAUUAUGGUGUUAUUGCUCAUAAAACAUCAGAAAACAAAUGCUCUUCCCUCCAGUUCUUGGUGUUCUGGAGCUUGAUUUGAGUAGGGUGGUAGGUUCUCCUCGCUUACCAAGAGAUUCUUAACAGGCACUACUCCUAACGUGGCAGGUCAGCUACAAUACACAGGGUGAGUGGAUUAGAAAACUGGAUUCUGUUCAUGUAGACUGUAAAAGGGACGAGAUCAAGUUUUGUAUGCAUUCCUAUACUUGUAUAGUCUUAAUCUGUACAAAAAAAAAAGUGUUCUUGCAGCAUGUCUGGUAACCUUGUUACCUAACGGUUAAUAACAGCCCUCCUUUCCUUACAGCUUUACUUUGGCACCUCUUACUGUGCCACUUUUGUAGCAGUGCAGUACUACUUUUCAAAACUGAGCUUGACCAUGUCACCUUUUCUAAGGGGUGGGGGGAGGGGACAACCAUUAUUUAUUGUCCGCUAAAGUUUGUCUACAGCAGAUAGAUAAACAAUUAGCCUUUUAAUGUCAAGACGGACUCCAGAGCCAUCUUUUGAUAAAGGCAAACUGAGUGUUUGGAAGUUAAUACUGCAUUCCAGUGAACCAAGCCAUUGGUGUCCUGUGCAAUUGUGGGUGUAGAAUUCUGCUGUCUACAGGAUUCAAGUGUAACCAUUUGUUAACUGUAUUGAAGGUGUGUCCUUUAUGAAGAAAGUGUUCCAAAUUAAAAAAAGCUGCUGAAGUG